AUGCCUGAUGUGACAAAAAAUAAAAACUUAACAGUUCUUUGCCGAGAGCACGUCCGUCUGGCUCUCGGAAAUAGUUCUUUGCCGAGAGCCAGCCUGUGUUGCUCUCGGCAAAGGCUGUGUUCAGAAAAAUCAGGCUCCUUUCUUUGCCGAGAGCCUUCCUACGCGGCGCUCGGCAAAGGAUAUUUUAAAAAAAAAAAACUUCCUUAUCUGCACCCGGCCCAACCCACUCGCCGAACCCUAUCGCACAUACGCACACACACGCCUGCGCGCCGCCGCCGCCGCACCCCAUCCGCCACCGCCGCCGCCGCACCCCAUCCGCCGCCGCCGCUGACCAGAUCCGGCGCCACUGGCCCACACAGCCCCUGCCCCUGGCCCGCCCCUCCCCAUGCCCCGCACUCCGCCGCCGCCUCACCCCGCACGGCCGCCGCGUCCCCGCACCCGCACGGCCGCCGCUUUGCCUACGCAACCUACGAGCUGCUGCUGAGCCCCGACCGGAUCGAGCUGCUGCUGAGCGGGCGGUGCGUGUCGCUGCUGCUGUGGCUGGAGGAGCGGUACGAGGUGGUGUACAGCCGCCACCCGGAGUUCCAGGCCGGCACCCGCCCGCUGCUCGCGCUCGACAACCCGUUCCCCACCACGCUCCCCGAGAACCUCUUCGGCGACAAGUGGGCGUUCGUGCAGCUCCCCUUCUCCGCUGUGAGAGAGGAGGUGGAGUCACUGGGGAGGAGGUACGCGGCUGGACUUGGAUCUGCUAGGGUUCGAGCUUGAUGACAGCACACUAGUCCCUGGCGUCGCCGUGGAAUCAUCUCGCGCCAAGCCUCUAGCCGAGCAGGACCUAUCGGAGGGGACUCGGAGCACCUUGGGCAGGUGCGAGCUCUCCACACCCUGGGGGCACUCACCCUGGUCGGCUUGGCCAGAUGGGGGCUCGGGACACGACGGAGGCCACGGCGACGACGGGUCGGAGUCACAGCACUAGGGAUGAGGCGCUAGCGACUUCGAGCAGUGAUAUUCAUGUGGACUUGUGGUUUAUGUUAUGAACUUUUGGUUUAUGUUGAACUUUAUGUUAGAUUUGUCAUAUCUAUGUGGAUUUGUGAUAUCUGUGGACUUCGAUAUGUUUCAUGUGUGAUAUAUAUGUGGAUUGUGAUAUAGACA